AUGGACGAGUUAAGCGGAUUAAAGACCACUCCUUUCCACGAGAACUUUUCACUGGCCACGCAUGUCCUAGCUGUGUCUAUGGCCUUUCUCAAGGGCCUCGACAUAGAAAACAAAAAGCUACUUAGGAGCUUCAAUCGCCAAGCCCUUGAUCUAGUUGGUUACAAGGAAAACUUAGAUGGGCUUAGUGGAGAGGUGGACAAGCUUCGGAAGAAGACUUCAUCUUAG